AAAUCUCUUUCGUCACAAUUUUAACUGCAACGCUGCUACUACAACUAUAACUUUGUUGUCCUGUCAGUCGUUUUUCUAAACAGAAACUUGUGCACUUUUUAUUUCAUAUGUAUAUUUUUCCUUGAUAAUUUCUAAUUAAUUGAUAGAGAAUCCAUGGGUGGUUUUAAAUAUGAGUGAUAGUCACCAUACCCUGGGCACUUCUCCUUCUCUCGGAGAAAUAGAGCACAUCACUCAUCUUUCUGAACAUGUCGGCUCUUUGUAUUGCAAUGACGACUACAGCGACAUCACUUUAGUUAUUGAUGGCCAAAAAAUUCCUAGUCAUAAAGUGAUUUUAGCUUCUAGGAGUGAAUAUUUCAGAGCUUUGUUAUUUGGAGGCCUGCGUGAAUCUCAAGAAACUGAAGUAGAACUGAAAGGCACCUCACUCACUGCUUUCAAAGUUCUUCUGAAGUACAUCUAUACUGGUCAUAUGACAUUAGCAUCCCUCAAGGAGGAAAUGGUAUUGGAUAUUUUAGGUUUAGCUCAUCAAUAUGGUUUUGUUGAACUUGAGACAGCAAUCUCUGAUUAUUUGAAGGCUAUUCUGAAUAUACGCAACGUAUGCAUGAUAUACGACAUGGCUAAUUUGUUUCACUUGUCUUCCUUGGCCGAAGUGUGUUGUAGCUACGUGGAUCGCAAUGCACUCGACAUAAUACAUCACGAGUCUUUUCUAGCACUCUCUGCCUCUGCUUUGAAAGAAAUGAUCAGCAGAGAUUCUUUCUGUGCAUCAGAAGUGGAUAUAUUCAGGGCUGUCUGCGAGUGGGCCACCCAAAACCCCGAUGUCGAUGCCAGGGAAAUUCUGUCCGCAGUCAGGUUGCCUCUCAUGGCUCUGCCAGAACUCCUGAACGUUGUCCGACCCACGGGUUUGAUCAGCCCGGACACCAUCUUGGAUGCCAUCAAAGCCAGGACAGAGAGCCGCGACACGGAUUUGAAGUAUCGAGGAUAUUUGAUGCCUGAAGAGAAUGUAGCCUCUCCGAAGCAUGGUGCCCAGGUGUUGCAGGGUGAGCUGAGGAGUGCCCUCUUGGAUGGUGACGUCCACACGUACGACAUGGAGAGAGGUUUCACGAGGCACCCCAUAGAUGACAAUAACGGUCAGGGUAUCCUGGUGAUGCUCGGAAGGCAGUGCAUCAUCAAUCACAUGAAGAUGCUACUUUGGGACAGAGAUCAGAGGUCAUACUCUUACUACGUAGAGGUGUCUGUAGAUCAGAAAGACUGGGUAAAAGUUGUAAACCAUACAAAAUAUCUGUGUCGUUCGUGGCAGCAACUCUACUUCAAACCUCGUGUAGUUAGAUAUAUUCGAAUUGUUGGUACACAUAAUACCGUCAACAGGGUUUUCCACGUUGUGUCAUUUGAGUGCAUGUAUACAAACAGGUUUUUCAGGCUGGAAAAAGAUCUGAUUUAUCCUACUCACAAUGUGGCUACUGUGUCGGCAAGUGCUUGGGUAAUUGAAGGUGUGAGUCGUAGCAGGAAUGCACUCAUAAACGGUGAUACAGAAAAUUAUGAUUGGGACUCUGGUUACACAUGCCACCAACUGGGAAGUGGUGCUAUUGUUGUUCAGCUGGCUCAGCCAUACAUCUUAGAUUCUAUGAGGAUGUUGUUGUGGGAUUGUGAUGAUCGAAGUUACAGUUAUUAUAUUGAAGUGUCCACUGACCAACAGAAUUGGCACAUGGUCAUAGACAAAAGGAAUGAAGCAUGCAGGGCGUGGCAACUCAUUACCUUUCCUCAGAGAGCUGUUGUUUUUAUUAGAAUUGUUGGCACCCACAACACUGCAAACGAGGUCUUUCAUUGUGUCCACUUCGAAUGUCCGGCUCAAGUUCCUUCGUCUCCCAACUCUUCCAAUAGUAGUCUCGCAGAAGCUGCAAUGAACAUAGAGGAUCUAUUAAAGAAUGAGACUGUCUCACACAUAUGAAGUUAUGUUACAAACAAAAUGUUCUCCCAGGUUUUAAAUGUUUAGAAUAUGAUUUUUUUUAUAUUCCCAAAACUAGCAUUUCGUUUAACAGCGUUUUUCACCUCAAAAAACCACAAACGUGCGCGACGAGAAAUGUGAAAAAAUAAAUUAUAUCAAUUUUAUUUCUUCUUCGAAACAGUGAGACUGAGCCGAUAAAUCAAAAUUUUAAUUUUGAUUAACUUUUAUCGUCCUAUUAUUUUUGAUUCAGUUUUAAAUGGUAAUUAAGUGGGCAAUUCGAACUGAUUCUUUUUUUAAAAAAGAGACUGCGUGGAAAAUUCAUCCUACCCCUAUUUUUUUUUCUGACACUGGUUUGUUAUGUCUAAGAUUCAUUUAACAAAAAAAGUCCCUUAAAAAUGUGGUUUUUAAAAACUAUUUUAAAGUCUGUUUAUGAAGUGCUUUUUGCUUAAUGAACAUCGUUUCGAUUUCAUUUUUUAAUCUAUUUUACUGUCUCCUUUACUGCUGCAAACUUAUAUUUUUACCCCACAGCUUUGUAGUAUAAUGUACAUUUGUUCAAUAAAUUGUCUUCUUUUUUUUUAA